ACUGUCAUUCGAUGUGCAUGAAGCUAUGUGUUCGACUCUCUCGUUAGUUCGAGGUUCUAGUAAACAAAUCAAUUAGCACAAUUUCAAACAAUGAGACAGCAUUCAAUUCAUUUCGAUUGAGUAAAUAUGUAAUUUACAAAGAAAUAUCCGAGUCAAUUAAUUCAUUGCACGCAAUAAAAGGCGGUUUUUGUGGCGGUCAAUCGUUUGAAAUGUUUUUGCAGUAUCUUGAUUGUGUGUUAAUUCAAUAACAAAGUUGUGGUUUGUUUGUUUGUGUGAGUGUUUGCACACACAAUAUGUUUGCUUCAAAGUGAAAAGAGAAGUGGAAUUCUGCAUCUUCAACCAGUUUGUGUUCGUCAGCCAAAGGUUGCACACAUUCGUGCCGUGUGCUGUUGUUUCGAAACACAGCGAAUUAAUUGUAUACAAUUUCAAAAUUUUCAUUCAUUUUUACUUUUUUUUUCGUGUAAAAAUAUCGAUUUUUCCGUGUAUUUCGAAAAUGUGAUUGCUUGAAAGGUGUUGAAGUUAGUUUUUUUUUUGUGCAGAAAAAAAAGAAAAUUGUUCCCGAAAAAAUGCAUAGUGCUCAGUGGGACAUACUAGUUAAAUGUAUCGUUUUAAUUAAGUGCACAAAAAACGAACAACAUCCGCAUCGCGGCAAUUAUUGAUCAAUACGAAACAACGACCACGACGACGACCGCCUCGAUGAUGAAAUCCAAAAUGGCAAUUAAUCCACUCGGAAUUGGGUUCAUUCAACGUUGGCCACAUUUUAAAUUAUUCACCGAAUUGAUUAUUGUUUUAUUGGUAAUUGAUUUGGUGGCUGGACAUGAGGAUUAUAGCAAUUUCAAGCAUCACAGCAAUCAUGUUUGCAAUCAUCAGCAUCCAAAGGCACACGAAGUGAUUUAUGGAGCUCAAUUGCAUAGCGAACCCGCGCACAUUGUGCACAAACGGAGCAUCGACAAUCCCGUCAGAAUUUUACUGUAUUACGAUGAAUCCGUAUAUAGAUUAAGCGCUGACAAAUUCGAAUUAAUUAAUAAAACCAUUCUUCCACAAGCCGUACAAUUUUGGGAGCAAACACUGAUGGUGCGUGAAACGAAAGGAGUCAUUAGAUUAAACAGAAAAUGUGAAAGUAGCCAAAUAUUCGUAAAAAAUACGAUAACUCAUUGUAUUGACUCAUGCAAGCGGGUGACGAUGUGCGGUGAGGUUGAAGUACCUGAAAAGCAUUUGGAUGUGUGUCGGACUUGUAAUGCGACCGGCCAUGAGUGUAAGGAGAAUUCGGUAGCUGGCGAAGCGGGCGAAGGCAUUCACAAUGCGGAUUUUAUAUUUUAUGUGUCGGCACGACAAACGGAACGGUGUCACAAAGGUCUAACGGUAGCGUAUGCGGCACAUUGUCAACAGGAAUCAGUUUUGGAUCGACCCAUUGCUGGUCAUGCUAAUUUAUGCCCCGACUCAAUCAGUACAAAACCCCAAGAAUUGGAUACACUGCUGUCGACUGUAAAACAUGAAAUUCUGCAUGCACUCGGCUUCAGUGUGUCUUUGUACGCAUUUUUCCGUGAUGAAAAUGGCAAACCACGAACGACACGAAAACCCGACACAGGUAAACCAUAUCUGGAUGAAAAGCUACAGAUUCAUAAAUGGGGCGAAAGUACGAUAAAGAAAGUGACGAGAAAGGAUUGGGGCGUUAAGGGUGGUGUGAUGAAACGGACAGUUGAUAUGAUGGUCACACCAAGGGUUGUACAGGAAGUUCGAGACCAUUUUGGAUGCGAAGAACUAGAAGGAGCCGAACUGGAGGAUCAAGGCGGCGAAGGAACCGCAUUGACACAUUGGGAAAAACGCAUUCUUGAGAACGAAGCGAUGACUGGAACACAUACUCAAAGUCCAGUUUUUUCACGCAUCACAUUGGCUUUGAUGGAAGAUUCGGGCUGGUACAGGGCAAACUACUCAAUGGCAUCACCGUUGAGCUGGGGCAAAGGUCUCGGAUGCACCUUUGUUAUGAAAAGUUGCAAAGAUUGGAUCUACACGCAAACAGCGAGAGGUCGAUCCAUUCAUCCGUUUUGUUCGAAAGUGAAGCGAGAUCCCUUGCAAACCGAAUGUACGGAUGAUCGAAAUUCGGUUGCUCUUUGCAAUUUGAUACGGCACGAGUACCCAUUGCCGACACUCUAUCAAAAUUUCGAUUUUAUCAAUAAUGUUCCGGAGGGAGAAGAGGAAUACUACGGCGGUUCGGUUACACUGGCCGAUUUUUGUCCCUUCAUUCAAGAGUUUACAUGGCGCAGCAAGAAUGUAAUUGUUCGCGGAUCUCAGUGCCAAUUCGAAGAUAACAAUCCAAAGCCCGAGAAGAACUUUGCACUUGAGUCGUACGGAAAUCAUUCGAAAUGCUUCGAUCAUACAGAUAGCAUGUGGGAGGAGCGCUCUUGUCGACAGACUCGUGAAUGGCAGCAUUGGGGCUCGGGAUGUUAUAAAUAUCGCUGCGAUAAUGGCCGAUUACAUAUUUUGGUCACAAAUUAUUCGUACGAGUGUUUCCAUCCCGGUCAAGAGAUUGCUGUUCGCGUUAUCUCCGGAGGCUGGCUCCAUCGCGGUUCUAUUCGUUGUCCUCCAUGCCACGAAGUUUGCGGCGCCGACUUUGCACUGAAAAAUCAAACGUGUAAAUUGAGCGAAGAGGCUCCGCCCUCGAAUGUUUUCCAUAAAGAUGAACUCCAGUGUGGUUCGGCUCAUCUGAUACCAGCAUCCAUUCCAAAUCAAUUGUUGUGUAUAUUCCUUUCCAUUGCAAUCAUUAGCAAAUUAGUUUAGUUCGUUUGACCGUGUCGCUUAGCUGCAUGGCAACGGCAAGUGUUCGUUUUAUGUGAUUAUGAGUACAUCAGUCCGGCUGUACGAUUUAUUCUACGUUGACAUUCAAUAGUUAAGCUAAAUUAUAAACUGAGAUAUGAUGUAAUUCCACAAACUAUUUAGAAAAUGAAUGAUUUACGAUUAGAGAAAUAUUGAAAAGAAA